AGUCUGGAUGAGGUCGCCAUCACCAAAGCCUCGCCAACACACAACAGAGAAGAAACCCUGCAAGCCGGCAACCUGAUUCGCUCUCCCAAUCCCAACCAGAUCACCUCUCACUAGUUCUCUCAGGGCCAUGGGCAGCGCGUCGUCCCCGCCGUCGCGGCGGCGGUGGAGCUGGGGCUCGGCGCUCGCCGGCGCGGCGACGACCGCCGCCGCCACGGCGCUGCUGCUGUGCCGGCCGCGGGACCCCCGCUUCGAGCUCAUCUCCAUCAGCCUGUCCACCUUCCACUUCCGCCCGCCGGCGGCGCUGGACAUCGGCCUCACCCUCACCGUGCACGCCACCAACCCCAACGUCGUGCCCGUGCGCUACGGGCCCUCCACCGUAUCCAUCCUCUACGGCGGCGCGCACCUCGGCACGGCGCACCUCGACGCCGGCGGGCAGCCCGCCACCUCCUGCCGCCUGCUCCACCUCCCGGCGCGCCUCGACGGCGUCGAGCUCGCGCACCGCGCGCGCUCCAUCAUCUCCGACGUCGCGCGCCGCCACAUGGAGCUGGAAGCCACCGUCGAGAUCGCCGGCGAGGCGGCCGUGCUCCUCUGGUCCCGGCCCUUCUCUGUCCGCAUCGACAGCCACAUCACCGUCGACCCUAUCCUCCUGGAGGUGGUCGAGCAGGAGAACAGCUCGGAGAUGCAGCUCUACCUCGCCUGAAUUUUACUACCUGCUAGACUCUGCCCAAAUCAUCUGUAGAAAACCCUACCGCUUAUUUGUGCGAUGCUCAAAAACCUUAGCAAUUAUUUGCACAACGCGAUGGAACAUUCAGAUUCCCUUGCGAUU